UGAAGGGGUCCAUCAUAGCCACCAGCUGCGAGCUGUGCUGACUACCCAUACUUGCUCCUUGGUUCCUAAUCAUGUCAGGGAAGACAGCUCUGAGGAUCCCCGGCAGCCUGUGGGCAGCAGGCGUGGUGGUGAUGCUGGUGGCGCUGAGCGCCCCAGGGACUGAGGGCAGAGAGUCUCCAAAGAAUUCCGUGUUCCAGGACAAGGCCCUGUGCUACUACACCGACGGGACGCGGCGGGUGCGGCUUGUGUUCAGCUACAUCUACAACCGGGAGGAGUUCGCGCGCUUCGACAGCGACGUGGGGGAGCACAUCGCGGUCGCCGCGUGGGGGCGGCCGAUCGUCGAGUACUUGAACACACAGAAGGACUACCUGGAGCAGAAGCGGGCCGAGGUGGAGACGGUGUGCAGACACAACUACGAGGUGGACGCCGCCUUCACCUGGCAGCGGGCAGUGAAACCUACAGUGACCAUCUCCCUGUCCAGGACAGAGGCUCUAAACCACCACAACCUGCUCGUCUGCUCGGUGACAGAUUUCUACCCCGGCCAGGUCAAAGUUCGGUGGUUCCGGAAUGACCAGGAGGAGACAGCUGGUGUCGUGUCCACCCCCCUCAUUAGGAAUGGGGACUGGACCUUCCAGAUGCUUGUGAUGCUGGAAAUGACCCCCCAGCGUGGAGAUGUCUACACCUGCCAUGUGGAACACCCCAGCCUCCAGAGCCCCAUCACUGUGGACUGGAGGGCACAGUCUGACUCUGCCCAGAGCAAGAUGCUGAGUGGCGUUGGGGGCUUCGUGCUGGGGCUGAUCUUCCUCGGGCUGGGCCUUUUUAUCCAUCACAAGAACCAGAAAGGACCUCAUGGGCCUUCGCCAGCAGGGCUCUUGCACUGACUCCUGAGGAUACUUUGAUGGGGAUUGAUUUUUGCUCUUCUGUAAUGCCUGCCUGUCCUUACCCAGAAUUCUCAGACUCCUUUUAGUCUGUCCCUCUGAGAUUAGAGUCCUACAGGACUCUGACUCAGUCACCAUGUCACCUCCUAUAACUCCUACCCCAAGUUAUACAGCUAUGAUGUUGCUUUUAGCACUGACCCGGGAGCCUGUCUGUGUGCUGCCAGCAGCAUCUCCUCAGUUGCAAGUUUUUCUGUUUCCAGUUCCCCUCCACAGGGAAUACAUUCAAUCCAUUAAUGUGGCUAUAGAGCUUUAAGAUAAUUAAACAUAGU